AUGACGUCUAAUGUUAAUGAAUAUGAAAACGUUCCAGAUGAUGAGUCGUGUCUCACCGAGGAGAAUGUAUCGAUACCUGAAGAAGUGGAAGACGAAGACGAAGAAGAAGACGAUGAUGAUGAUCAUAUAUAUAUCAACGAAGAAACAGAAUCUGGCCGCGAAAAAGUCUUGGUAUCACAUGCCCCACAAGAACGUAUCGUUCCGCCUUUGAAUUUUUGUCCCGUUGAAAGAUAUCUUUAUAGAUCUGGUCAGCCUUCACCUGUAAAUUUCCCCUUUUUGCUAAACUUGAAACUGAAGACAAUUAUAUGGCUGUCUAACGAAGAACCCCAAGAUACUCUCCUAGAGUUUUGUGAUACUCAUAGAAUAAAUUUACAAUUUGCAGCCAUUAACCCGGAUGCCGGUGAGGACGAUAAUCCAUGGGACGGUCUCACUGAACAUUCUAUCAUUAAUGUAUUGCAAACCAUAGUCACUCAAGAGAAUUAUCCCUUGCUGGUCUGUUGUGGUAUGGGAAGACAUAGGACUGGGACGGUCAUUGGGUGUCUCAGAAGAAUAAUGGGUUGGAAUUUAGCCAGUGUUUCCGAAGAAUAUAGACGCUUUACUGGUAGUAGAGGCGGUAGAAUUCUUGUAGAGUUACUGAUAGAAGCCUUCGACACCAAAUUAGUGAAAAUAGACAAGAACAAAGCACCAAGUUGGUUGCUGACAGCUCUGGAGUAG